AUGGACUUUUUCCGCCAAAAGAGAGCAAUCACGCCCUCAUACCUUCUACUCACUCUCCAGCGAGCUUACGAAGAUGCAUACCAAUCUUCUGUCCGCGCAAUUCUUCUUGAAACUCGCGACCAGCCAGCUGAUGCUCUUGCCGCUUGGAAACGUACUCUCAAAACAAUCUCAGCCCACAUGGCUACCGUCACUGAAACCCCCAAGGCUCCUCAGGAAAUUGAUCUUAUGACAAAUAUUAUGAAUAUUGAAAAACAAUGUCAUGACCGCAUCUCCUUCUUAGAACGUGGGUGGCCAGACACAAACCCCUAUGCCUCCUAUUCCUUGAUUGAUUCAGAUGAGUAUAUUGCUACAAACUCGGGUCUCCCCAUGGCUAGAGCCUCAACAACAAAUGUCAAUUUGGCCCCUAAACCAGCAACUACAUCGUCUCCAGUAUCUCCAGUUUCAACUAAUUCGUCGUCUCCAUCUUCGUCUUCUUCUUUUUAUUCAAUGGCAUCCUCUAACCAACAAAAGCAGCAACUCCGCGCAAAAGUGGUUUCUAACCCAAAUGUGUCGGCCUCAUCAGCAUCUACUUCCAAAGGUACCUUGAAUCCAUUUUCUACUACAGCUCCCGUACUCUUCCCCAUUUCUUCCACUACUACUAAUACUAGUCACUAUUCUAAACCAUCAUUAUUGACUCCUAACAAUACUGACCCGGAAUAUUCUUUUUCCUCUUCUUCUUCUUUUUCUUCUUCAGAUCACUAUUAUUACCCAGAGCUUCAUGAAGACUCUCCCCAAGACCAAAAACCUCCUCCAAUCCCCCCUAAAAUCUCCCUAGACUACUCGGACAACUCAACUACAACAGAUUUUAGUGCUGAAGCCUACCAAAGCCGUCUUGACCCAGGUUCCUCUUCUGCUUACUUGAUAGACCUUUCUUCUACAUCAACAACUCCAGUAGCUUCUACCUCAGCCCUCCCUCUCCCCCAGAGCAUUAACCCUCCUCAAACCUCUCGCGCUUCCCCUAAGCGUAAACCUGUUGAUUCUAGUGAAAACCUUUUGGACAUGUCUAGAUUGGCCUCAAAUGGCCAGUCUACAGCUACUCUUGGACAUCUACCUCAUAAAUCACAUCCUCCUCCUCCUCCUCCUCCUCCUCCUCCUCCUUCUUCUUCUUCUUCUUCUUCCUCUUCAAACAAACCUUUAAAGUUGGCCCAUCCAAAACCUGUCCAAGCAAGUUCUACCCCAAUUUUGGCUCAUCAUCCACGCACAGCCACACCUCCGAAAGCGGCUUCUACCUCUUCUCUUUCCAGCACAAAGUCAAGCACCCCUCCUACUCCCACCAAUGUAGACCAGCAGUUUGCAAAUCUUUCUUUGGGCUCUCGCAGAACCCCAAGUCCUUCAUCCCAUGGGUUUUUCAAGCACAAGGAAUCCCAGGAACCUUCUGCUGCUUCAUCAGCUCCUCGAACCAUGCUUAAAACAUUGCGUAACCACCAAAAGCUCCCCCGCAAAAUCAUGGAUGAGCGCAAGGCUGCAUCUGCUCAUGCAGCAACUCUCGCAUGGGGACCACAUAAACAAGACCGUGCUGCUCAUAACCAGCAAAUCUCUCUUAUGGCUGCGAAUAUUUCGUCGACUCAAGCAAGAAACGCAGGCUAUUACCCACAAGUGUCAUCAUCAUCGGCAAAUGGGACAAGUACCAGUAGCAAAGUUUCGUAUAAUAAGCCAACCGUCUUUAAAGCUCCCGUGAUUCAUGCACCCGUGACAAAACAAGCGUCCCACCAGCGAACGUCUUCGGCAACUCAUGUGAAAUCGACAGCAACAUCAGCAUCUACGCAACAUCACCAGCAGCAGCAGCAACAGCGCCGUGCCCAGCCAAAAUUUAUUAUUGAUAAAAAGCCGCAGACGCCCCCCGCGCAACCCAAACAUGCUGCGCCCACCACAAAGGCCAAAGCCACACGUACAAAUGGGGCAGCUAGUGGUAGUAGUAGUACUAAUACUAAUACUAAUACUAUUAUUGCAUCCACUACUACUCCCACCACCCCCGCACACAAACAAAAACAGGAUACCCCAGAACCUGCCCAAGAAGAAACUAGUAGCUCGUCUGCCAGUGACGAUGCCGAAUUUGAUUCUGACGAGAACGACGAGGACGAAGAGGAAGCUUGGCUUCAAAAGGCCCGUGCUACUGUCAAGAAAAUCAAGGGCAUUGACCAAAACGCUGCAGACCAAAUCUUUAACGAUGUGGUUGUCAAGGGUGACCCUGUUGUGUGGAAUGAUAUCGCUGGUCUUGAAAAGGCCAAGAGCUCACUUAAAGAAGCUGUGGUUUACCCUUUUCUUCGACCAGACUUGUUUUCUGGGCUCCGCGAACCUGCACAGGGUAUGCUGUUAUUUGGCCCCCCAGGAACCGGUAAAACCAUGUUGGCACGUGCUGUAGCCACAGAGUCCAAGUCAACCUUUUUUUCCAUUUCUGCAUCUUCUUUGACAUCUAAGUUUCUUGGAGAAUCUGAGAAACUAGUACGUGCCUUGUUUUUAAUGGCCAAGGCCCUUGCUCCCUCCAUCAUUUUUGUUGACGAGAUUGACUCGUUAUUGUCUGCUCGAUCAGACACUGGGGAGAAUGAGUCGUCUCGUAGAAUCAAGACUGAGUUUUUGAUUCAAUGGAGUGCACUUCAACACGCUGCGGCUGGUAAGGAACACGAUGACGUGACUCGGGUGCUUGUUCUUGGAGCCACCAAUCUGCCGUGGGUGAUUGACGAAGCUGCGCGACGUCGCUUUGUUCGUCGUCAAUACAUUCCUCUACCUGAGCCCGAAACACGGCGGUACCAUUUGGAGAAGCUACUAAGCCGUCAAAAACAUUCCAUUUCCGAAGUUGAAAUGAAUCAGCUGGUGGAGCUAACAGAUAGCUUUUCCGGGUCUGACAUUACUGCUUUGGCCAAGGAUGCAGCCAUGGGUCCACUUCGUGCUUUGGGUGAGGCACUUUUGACCACUCCACAGGACCAGAUUCGUCCAUUGGGAUUUGCAGACUUCAAGGCUAGUCUUGAGACAAUCCGUCCGAGUGUUUCCAAGGAAAGUCUCAAGGUGUUUGAGGACUGGGCUGAAAUGUAUGGCAGCUCGGGUGCCUGA